CCUUUUUCUCUCUCUCUCUCUCUCUCUGUCCCCGCACUCCCUCAUAUAAAUAAAAACCCCCAUUCUCAUUGCCCCAGCAUAAAUUAACUUUCCCUUUUCAAGACUUUGCCGCAAAGAAAAACACAAACUUGAUCACCAAGAAUUUACCAACUAUACAAAACCCCAUUUACACCAAGAAACAAAUUUCAGAAUAGAGAAAAAUGAAGUUGGUUUGGUCUCCAGAACAAGCCUCUAAAGCUUAUCUUGAUACUAUUAAAUCCUGUAAGAUAUUUAGAGAAUCUAGUGUAGCAGAGAUGAUAUCAGCCAUGGCAGCAGGAUGGGACGCAAAAAUGAUUGUAGAAACAUGGUCAAAAGGUGGUGUUAUGACAACAAGUAUUGGAUUAGCAGUUGCAAAUCAUGUUACAGGUGGUAGACAUAUUUGUGUAGUACCAGACGAAAUUUCAAGAACAGAAUAUAUAUCAGCUAUGGAACAUGCUGGAAUGUCACCUGAAGUUGUGGUUGGAGAACCUGAAGAAGCAAUGGAAGGGUUAAUAGGUAUUGAUUUCUUGGUUGUUGAUUGUAGAAGAAAUGAUUUUGGUAGGAUCUUGGGGGUUGCUAAAUUAGGACACAGAGGUGCAGUUUUGAUAUGUAAGAAUGCAAGUUCAAGAGUUGAGUCUGAUUUUAGAUGGAGGAGUGUACUUGACGGAAAAUCAAGAAUUGUGAGGUCUGUUUUUUUGCCGGUUGGUAAAGGUUUGGAUAUAGCACAUGUUGGAGCCACCGUAAGUGGUGGAGGAAAGGGUGGGAAGACAGCAAAUAGAUGGAUUAGACAUUUUGAUAGAGAUACAGGAGAGGAAUUUGUGAUACGUAAGUGAUUACGUUGGUCCAUUUUCAAGAAGAUGGAAAAUUCUUUUAUUAUUACUACUUUUUUUUUUCUUUUGUCUUUUUCUUCACCUCUUGUUUAAUAUUUUCUUUCUUUUCUUUCGGUUUCUGACGUUCUGUAUAUAGAUUAUACAAACUAAUCA